CUACGCGAAACCCAAAAUAAAAACCCUAAUUUGUCUGCCCCUGAUACCUUCACUUUCUCUCCCUCCCUACGACGCGAAACUUUCAAAAUCAAACAAAUGGCGACGGCGGAAGAAGGCGGAGCCACUGUCCAUCCAACCUCGUCGCCCUACGGUGGAGGAGGAGCAGGAGGAAAGUUUCGGAAGAAGCCUUUUCGCAGGCCGACGACACCGUACGAUCGUCCACCCACUGCGCUCCGAGGAAACAAUGACAACAAUAGUAGCUGGUUAAAAAAGCUGGUUGUGGAGCCCGCCUCGAAGCUCAUAUCUUAUGGAGCAGAGCGCUUUUUCGCCCCACUUCUUCGCAAGCGCCUCCCCCCGCCUCCGCCUCCUCAGCCGCCAGAGGAAAAAGCUGAUGUUAGUGAUGGGAUUCAAGGGCCAGCUCUUGAUGGUCAUGAUGGUCCCCAUGAGCCCGUAGGUGGUGAUUGCAGUCAGCCAAUCAAUAGUUCUAGCAGCAAUGACAUCUCUGAGCUUGAGCAAUUAUUGAAGCAAAGAACCUUUACCAGGUCUGAAAUUGUUCAUUUGAGAGAACUACUGCAAUCAAGAGCUGCAGAAGUAUCUCCUGCGGAUGUUGGCCAAAAAAAGGAAGAUACUGCUUCAGAUUACGCAAGAGAUCACCAAUUUGCGAGUGGGCUCUUGGAAGAGAACAGAAAUGGGAGGAAUAGAUCCUCCACUUUAAUGACUACUCCUAUUUUCAACUCAAAAGUUGUCGAGGAUGGUAAUGCUUCUCCUACUGAACUUGCAAAAGCUUAUAUGGGAAGUAGGCCUUCAAAGGUAUCGCCAUCAGUGCUAGGAAUACGCAAUCGAGUUGGUAAGGGAGAUACCGAGUUGCUUAGUAGCUUGCCAUCUGCCUCCGGGUUACCUAUCAUGGCAUCGACUAUGAAGACCCAUGGCAGCAUGGCUGCUACAGACAAUGGCUUCAUAACCCCUAGAUCACGCGGCAGAUCAGCUAUCUACAACAUGGCUCGUACACCAUACUCCAAAUUUCAUCUAACUUCCAGUCUCAAGGAAAAUGGAAUUAAUCGGAAUGGUUAUGCUGGACCUGGACCAUCAACAUCCUCAUCUUUUCUUUCUCCAGUGGACAUGGAUGAAAAAAUUAACUCUCGUCCGAUGAGCUUAAAACGGAGGAGUUCAGUUUUAGAUGAUGAGCUUGGCUCUGUGGGUCCUAUAAGGAGAAUUAGACAGAAACAUUUGUUAGCUUCUGGACUUCAUAGUACUACGCAUGGGGUAAGAAUAGGUUCCCAUGCAAAGCAGAAGUCUCAAUUGAUCGGUGAACAAAGCCAUAAAGCACCAAAAGCUGUUGGAGAAAAUGAUAAUGAAAGUGUACCAAUCUCCAAUUACCCUCGUGUUCCUUCCAAAUCUAGUGAGGUUGCUUCCAAAAUAUUGCAGCACUUGGAAAAGAUGACCCCAAAAGAAAAAUCAUCAGAGUCCAAGUUUGUUGAUCGGAAGGAGAAAUCACGUUUGACAUUGACACCAAAUAUGCUUUCUGGACAGGCUCUUAGGAGUAUGGAGGAUGUGAAUUCGUCAAAGUUGUUGGAUGUUCAGGAUGAUCAUAUGUUGGGGGACAAGAGUAAUAUCACUUUAGCUGAUGCUCAUGAUUUUUCUAUGCAAAAGAAAGAAAAAAUAGAGGAAAAUGGCCCUAAAGAACAUGUCGACUCAUUGGACAAGUGGCACCCAGUACUGCAUAAUGAUUCCGUGGUGUCCUUGAAAGCCUCUAUGCCAAGUACCAGCGCAAGUGGUUCUACUGUAAAAACUGGUGCAUCCCAUCCUCAAAAGAAGAGGGCAUUUAGGAUGAGUGCUCAAGAGGAUUUCUCCGAGCAGGAUGAUGAUACACAACGUAAUGGACCUGUACCAAUAGCAACCUCUGAAAACCAAGGACCAACGGAGGCCACUCUCACAGAUAGCAAGACUACACCUUCUGAAGAACCCAAGCUGGUAAAGCCCUCAAUGAGGGAGGAAAACCAGUCAGCUUUGCCCCUAAUCUCAAGGAACACAAGUGCACCAAAUUUUGGUGAUGUCACAUCUGGAGAAGUGAGUACUGUUGUUUCCUUGUCAACAACAGACGAAAUAAAGGAAGCUUCGCAAUCAGCUUUUCUUAUUCCCUCUGUUGCUGCAUCUGACAAGCCCAAGGAUGCAAGUAAUGUCCCAUUGUUCAGCUUUAGCUCUAAAGUUGUUGAAAAGAUUGCUUCCGUACCUUCUGAUGUUGUCAAGGAGGUGGAUAAUAAGAUUGAAGUCUCCAGCAGGUUAUUAAUAUUCAAGGGUAGUAAUGCUUUCCUGUUCAACUCUUCAGCCAGCAGUGGCAGCACCUCCAUUUUUGGACUGACUGCAGCAGCAGAACCUUCAAUUCCUGCUGGCGGCCCGGUUUUCAAGUUUGGUGCCUCUGUAGAUCCAGCCACCUCAGUUCCUGUAGCAUCUACUGCUAGCGUCUCUCAAGCAGCAGAGUCAAAAAAUCCUGGAACCAACAAAAGUGAGACUCUUACCAAUGCUGCUGCAGCUUUUACAGCAGCAGCUAGUUCCGCAAGUAGCAGCACUUCUUUCGGAUUCGGUUCAUCUGUCAGUUUCCCAAGCGUAUUUGGGACUGCCUCGCAAGACGCGUCGUCCACUAAGGCAGUUCCAUCUGCCCCAGCAUUCAACUUGAGCAGUAGCAGCACCACGCUUUUCAGUUCCUCAUCUGGUUCCCAACCGAGCUUUUCUUUUGGUUUGACUCCUCCUCCCGCAUCUUCAUCAGACACAAGUACAGUCAAAUUUGGCGCUAACUCUACGGAAGCAACUGCAGUUAGCUCAACUACUAGUACUACCCCUGGCAUCUUUACUUUUGGCCCAAGUUCUUCUUCAACCAGCAGCACCGGAGUUGGAUCGACACCUGAAGUCAAUUUUUCUGACAGCUCGUCUUCAGGUUCGGCUCCUGUGAGUACCACUACCCCCACCACUACUAGUGCUAAUAAUGUGUUCUCGUUUGGUGGGAAUAGUAGUUUGGCUCCCUCCUCCUCCAGCAAUCCCUUUGCUGCCAACUGGCAAAACCCGAAGCCAUCCCCAAUCUUUGGUUCCUCCAACGCAUUCGCAUUUGGGGCAUCAUCAUCGAGUGUUUUCAAUAUGCCAUCAUCGUUCUCAUUCACUGCAGCCGCCUCAACGCCUGCGCCAGCUGUAUUUGGAGGUGCAGAUCAGAUGGAUAGCAUGGCCGAGGAUCAUCCAGUGCAGCAGCAGCAGCAGCAGCAGCAGCCGAUUGUAUUUGGUCAGUCGGCCCCUACUCCUACCCCUACCCCUGCUUUUGGUUUCGGGCAGCCCAGCUCGUUUGUUUUCGGGGGUCAGCCCAAUCAAGUUGGUGGUGCUGUAACACCUCAGAAUCCUAACCCUUUUCAGGCUUCGGGCAGUCUGGAGUUUAAUGCUGGAGGGAGCUUCUCGUUGGGCAGUGGUGGUGGUGACAGGUCAGGUCGGAAAAUUGUCAAGAUCAGCAGAAGCAAGAAUCGCAAGAAGUAA